GGUCACGUGUCGCGUUGUCUGGGGCCUAGAGAUUACCCCGAGGCCUGUCGCGGUGCUUAAAGCGACCGGGUGCAGAGAAAGGGCGUCAACCUUUUCCCUCUGAGGGCAAAUUUGGAUAUGAGCCCAGCCUUCGGUGGGAAACACUCCUUUCUUCCUCCUGGGCCGGGCUAGUGAGGCCAAGUGCUGGGCCUGCCUUGCGCUUUGGUACUUUACUGGGAUAUGGCCCGCCGUGAGGAGGGCAGCGCGGCGCCCCUGGUACUUCUGCGGCCCCCUGGAGUUAGCAGUAAGGGGUUGCAAAGGAAGGGGCCUUGUGAGCGGCGCCGGCUGAAGGCGAUGGCGUCGGAGCAGCUCAGCCAGGAUCUGCUCAGACUUUUAAGGGAAGAAAUCCAUACAGAUGUUACUUUCUCUAUAGAUGGUACUUUAUUCAGAGUACACAAAGCAGUCCUUUUAGCGAGGGUUCCUGUCUUCUAUUUUCAUGUUAUUAGACAGACAUCAAAUAAUUUAAUAAAUCAUGAGCCUAUUCCUGUGAAGAAUGUUGAUGCUUCAGAAUUUAGAACAUUUUUACAAGUUAUCCUAGCACCACUUUUUGGAAGAAUCUGUUCUUUCCCCCACUGGAUUUUCUGGACAUCUUUGUUGGAAACCAGCUGUGCAUUGCUAUGGACUGAACUAUCUCCCUCCAGAAUUAUAUGCCGAAAUCCUAAGCCCCACUGUGAUGGAAGUUGGAGAUGGGGCCUUUGGGAAGUAAUAAGGUUUAGGAUUGUAUAUUCAUCAAACAGAAACAUAAACAAUGAAGAGGAAAUUCUUAAUAAAAUGACAGUGGAAAGCAUGAUACCACAAAAGAAACUUGAUUUCAAUUUUCAGAAGUAUAUAAAUCCAUCUGAUUUUUCUCUUCAGAAGCAUGAGAUUCCAGAGGAUGUCAGUGAUAAAGACAACAGUUUAAUUUCCAAUGAUAAUUAUGACUUGGAACCUGCCUCUGAAUUAGGAGAAGAUUUAUUGAAGCUUUAUGUGAAAUGUUGUUGUCCAGAUACUGAUAUUUAUGUUGAUGGAAAAAGUUUUAAAGCCCACAGGGCCAUUUUAAGUGCCAGAUCUAGUUAUUUUGCUGCAAUGCUGAGUGGCUAUUGGGCUGAAACCUCCCAAGAGUACAUUACUCUUCAAGGUAUAAACCAUGUAGAAAUGAAUGUUAUGAUGCAUUUUAUCUAUGGAGGAACUUUGGAUUUUCCAGACAAAGCUAAUGUUGGUCAGAUACUCAGUAUUGCUGACAUGUACGGAUUAGAAGGAUUAAAAGAAGUAGCAAUCUACAUUUUAAGAAGAGAUUAUUGUAAUUUCUUUCAGAAGCCUGUUCCCAGAACGUUGGCGUCUGUAGUAGAAUGCCUAAUUAUUGCUCAUUCAGUUGGAGUGGAAAAUCUUUUUGCUGACUGCAUGAAGUGGAUUGUGAUGCAUUUUGCAAGGUUUUGGUCUGAGAGAAGCUUUGCAAGUGUACCUCCAGACAUUCAGAAAAGUUGUCUUAAUAUGUUGAUCCAGUCUCUAAAUGAUAAGAAUGCUGCUUUUCUUCUGAUGGAAAGUGAUAGGCUAAUCAUCAGUUUACCUAGAGUAAAGUGGACAGAAGCAGCACUGACUAUGGCAUCUCAACUCCAAGAAGAGUGUAUUGCAUUUAUUGUAGAACACUUCUCCAAGAUCAUUUGGAGUGAAAAUUUCACUCUUCUCUUACAGUCACAAGCAAUGAGCAGCACAGCUGAUCUGUUGGACAAAAUUUUAAAAGCAAUUGAAGAAAAUAUUACCACUGAAAAUAGUUGCUCUCUUCUUAUGGCUCUGGACACAUUACUGAACUCUGAAAGUAUAAAGGAAAUGGGUUUUACGUGCAAGAUCCAAGCUCUGCGUGAUAAGCUGUGGAUCUUCCUGGUUCAGUCUUUCUAUGCUGUUCGGCACACAGAAAGCUGGAAGCUGAUGAGCACAGAUGAUCAACAGAAUAUUCAAGCAGCUGCAUUUGACAAAGGUGAUGACCGAAGACUUGGCAAAAAGCCUAUAUUCAGUAGCUCUCAGCAAAGGAGGCACGUUUCUGACUCUGGUGUUAUAAAAAACAAAUCUUGGAGAGAAAAUAACAAGAAAGAGUGCUGGCAUUAUCUCUCUACUAAUCAAAAGAUGAAAUCUGAUGGAUUAGGAGCAUCUGGACAUUCAUCAAAUGCUAAUAGAAAUAGUAUAAAUAAAACUUUAAAGCAUGAUGAUUUAAAGGAAAAGGAUGGUACAAAAAUAGCAUCUAAGAUUACAAAAGGAUUGAAAACGGGGGAAAAAGAUAUUUCUGGAAAACCCAAAACUAUAAUAAAGCCCAAAACAGAAAAUAAUGAUAAUGCAAAAUUGGAAAACUUGUCACCUAAAGUUGCAGAAAGAACAGCAGCAUCAGUUGGACAGAAAAAUUCAUUAAAUGGGAAAAAAUUAAGAAAUCAGGAAGGGCAAGUUACAGGUGCCAGACCUAAGGUACUUACUGGGAACUUAAAUGUGCAAGCCAAAACAAAGCCUUUGAAAAAAGUGACAGGGAAAGAUUCUCCAUGGCUUAGCAUCGCAGGACCCUCCAGCAGAUCUACAAAUUCAAGUAUGGAAUUACUGACUUCCACUGGAUGUCUCAAUGAACCAAAACAAAAUGGAUCAGUAAGAGAAGAGAAGUCUUCUGGUCAGAAGCUAUCCUUUUGUGAUUCUCCAGGACAGAUGGUGAAAAACAGUAUAGAUGGUGUCAAAACUUCCUCUGUAGUAAAGUCUCGGCCUAUUUCAAGAGUUUCUAAUGGGGCUUCCAAUAAAAAAAGUAUUCAUGAACAAGACACUAAUGUAAAUAAUAGUGUACUAAAGAAGGUCAGUGGGAAAAGAUAUAGUGAUCCAGUACCACAAGCAAUUUUGAAGAAAAGAGGUAAUGGCAAUGGACAGCAAAGGAAAAAGAGUGCCCCAUCUAAUCUUGCUAAAACUCAAGGAUCCCAAGAAGAGUCACCACAUUCAGUAAAAUCUUCAGUCUCUUCAAGGCAGUCAGGUGAAGAUUUGAGAAAGCUGGACCACCGUAUAACUACAGAUAAACAAACAUCUAAGAGAAAAAUUGUCAAGCAAGGACACAUAAAUACUCCUAAGGCUAAUCCAAAAAUGAUGUCAAUACCUAAAAACCUAAAUCAGCCAAAGAUAUGUGAAACUUUGAAUAAUAAAGAUUCAAAACAAAAAAUGCUUCCUGAACAGUUUAUACUGAAAACUCAGCCUUCUCAAAAACAUUCAAAAAGUAAAAUGUCAGUUGUCCAAAAAAGUAUCCUUCAUAAUGUACAUGAUAAUAACAACGAAGACAAUGUUUCUGAACAAAAACCUUAUAGAUCUCUAAUUAAUCUCACAUCUGAAAUCAGUGGUACAGAAGCAUACCGGUCAUCAUGCAGAUCUGACCCACAAAAGCUAUUAAGCAGUCAAGAAAAAGAUAAGUUGGGGUUAGAAUGCCAGAAUAUUUCAAAGCUGAACAAAUCAAUGAAACAUGAACUGAAAGCAAGACAGAUUUGUUCAGAUAACAAUGAAACGAAAUUUCCCAAUCACAAAGACAUAAAUCACUGCAAUGCAACUAAAACAUACAGUCAUUUUGAUGGGAGUGAUAUAGAUUCAAAAUUUUAUAGCAUCACUGCUCUAAAAUCCACAGUUUCAAAUACAAAUGAAAACUCCUUAAACUCUAAUCCAAUUUGUGAUUUAGAUUCAACAAAUGCAGAGCAAAUUUAUUUAAUAUCAGAUAGAGAGAAGCAAGUAGGCAAAAAAGAUACAAACAAAAAGUCAAACAUAAAAUGUGUGAAAGAGCCUUUAUCUUGUGCUCCUGAAAAGGAGCAAUUUAGUACCUUAAGUUCUUUUCAAUAUGACAGAAAAUCUAAAAUUUGUGUAGAAGAACCUACAAUUCCUAAUCAGUUGUUUGAUGACUCUACUAUGAAGGAAGACAAACAUACUGCAGCAGAUUCAGAUGUUUCCUCCAAAUGUUUUUCAGGACAACUGUCAGGAAAAAUUUUUUCUAAAAAUAUAGAAACACCAGAAACUCUAGAGAAACAUGAAACUCUAGAAGUUCCAUUCACAGGUCACUGGAAUUUGAAUACCAGCAUGGUGCCUCAAAGAGAGAGUCCUGAAUCUGACACUGGCAGCGCUACCACAUCCUCUGAUGACAUAAAGCCCAGAUCUGAAGACUAUGAUGCUGGAGGGUCUCAGGAUGAUGAUGGAUCAAAUGACAGAGGUAUUUCUAAAUGUGGCACUAUGCUGUGCCAUGAUUUUCUUGGAAGAAGUAGCAGCGAUACCAGUACUCCUGAAGAAUUAAAAAUAUAUGAUAGUAAUUUAAGAAUUGAAGUAAAACUGAAAAAGCAAAGUAAUAAUGAUCUUUUCCAAGUUAAUUCAACAAGUGAUGAAGAGAUUCCUAGGAAAAGGCCAGAAAUUUGGUCUCGAUCUACAAUUGUCCACCCUAGGGAAAAAGAAAAUAUUCCACGAGGCAGUAUCCAGUUUACUCAAGAAAUAGAUCAGGUUUCUUCUUCAGCAGAUGAAACAGAAGAUGAAAGAUCUGAAGCUGAAAAUGUUGCGGAAAUUUUCUCUAUAACUAAUCCAGCUCCUCAGCAGUUUCAGGGGAUAAUAAACCUAGCUUUUGAAGAUGGAACUGAAAAUGAAAGUCAGGAGUUUUCUGCAACUAAAAAGUUUAAAAGGUCAGUUUUACUUUCAGUUGAUGAGUGUGAAGAACUGGGAUCUGAUGAGGGGGAAGCUCAUACUUCCUUUCACCCUUCUAUAGAUUCUUUUUCACCUUCUGAUGUCUUUGAUGGUGUUUCUCAUGAACAUCAUGAAAGGACCUGUUAUUCCCGAUUCUCACAAGAAAGUGAAGAUAGUAUUUUAAAAUGUAAACAAGAAGAUAAAGGCAAUAGUGCAUAUAAAAGUAAAAGCACUCUCUUGGGUCUUAGUAGCAUUGACUCUUCAAAAAAAGGUAAACAAAAUACUUCAGCCACAGACAAAAAGAACACAUCAGCUGUCCUGUCCAAAGGAGGCAGACAGCUUUUUCUAGAAGAUAAAAAAGUACACAGUGGAAGAGAUACGGAUAAUGACUUUCAGCAACUCAGCAAAUACAUGGAUAGUGAUAUAAAAUCUCAAGAAAGACCAUGUCACUUGGAGCUUCAUCAAAGAGAACCGAAUUCUGACAUACCAAAGAACAGCUCUGCAAAAUCUCUAGACUCUUUUUGGAGUCACAUUCUGCCUCAGGAAGGUCAAGUGAAAGAAAGCCAUUCUACAGCUACAGAAAAAGCUAAUAUUGCUCUAUCUGCAGGUAAUGUACAGAAAUAAAAAUGCUAAAUCCAUUAAAAAAUACAUUUAUAAAAUUUUGAAGUUGUAUGUAACCCCAAAUGUUAUAUUUUAGGUAGGUAGAAUACUUAAGCAACAGUAUCAAAUUUAGAUGAAUAUUUAAAUUUCUUAAUAGUAUGAAAAGUAGCUAAUUAUUCAUUCUUGUGUUUACUUAAAAUCCUAGUAAGAAUUAGUAUCUAGUAAAAAUUUUGAUUGUUUAUUAGUUAACCUACUAGGAGAUUUUACAUAAAAGAACAGAGAAAAACUUAGUUUGUUAUUAUUAGUUAUUUGUGCUUAAUUUAACAUAAUUCUUGACUACUAGAAAUUUUAUUAUACAUUGGAUAUGAUUUAUGAACUUGCUAGUAUAUAUCUAAGAGGGCUGUGCAAUAACUAUAGUAAUAUGUACCUAAAAGCACUGAACUAUUUUAACAACUAGAUAGUACAAUUUAUAUACAUUUUACAGAGAUUAAGCUUUCAGGAUCAAUAUAAUUACUAUUCUAAAUUUUUCAAGUAAGAAGUUAAAUUUCCUAAAAGAGAUUAUAUUUAGAGGUAAUAAUAAUAUAUGAAAAAAGCCCAGGCUUAUUUCAUAUGUUUAGAUGAUUUCCUGUCUAAUUGUUUUGUGUUUUUGUCUUCCUUUUUAUAAUAAUUCAGAUUAAAGACCCACAUUUGAAAUAUGCAGUAGUAGCUGACUGAGCAACUAUUGUGUAUCAUAACUAAGAUACUGAUGAAUAAAUCUCUAUUCAGCAAACUUAUAAGAAUAGGAGAUCUUUAAAAGUUGUACUUUUUGUUUGUCCUUGCUUGCAUCCUCCUUUGCAUGUGCAAUAUAGAAUAAACCUUUAGAUAAAAAUGUAUUUUCCCCCUUUCAGAACUGACUUACUUUGGUCACCAUCAAAUAACUGUCUUUUUUUUCUCCUUAAGUUUCUAUUGUAGUGAAUUAGAUAUAUGUGCACUUUCUAUGUUUAUGUUUAAAUAAUUUAUGUUACUUUCUGUAUCAUAAGCUUUCAAAUUAAAGUAUGGAGAAUUGUUGUUAGUUGCCUAUGUUGAUUUUGCUGCUAAAUAUUACCCUUGAAUUUUUUUAACAUAGAAAAAGAAAUGCCUCAAAAAUUUUGUGAAUUUUGUAUAAAUAUUAUUUUUCCCAUUUUGUGGUUUUUUUUUAGGGGGCUAUCACUGUUAUAUUGUAUUAAUAUUGUUCUACAAAACUCUGAGGGAUACCAACAUGUGCAGUUUUUACAUUGUGUAGUAUUAUGAAUUAUUUCAGGAGACAUAGAUGAUUGUGACACACUGGCACAAACCCGCAUGUAUGACCAUCGGCCUUCAAAAACCCUCUCUCCAAUACAUGAGAUGGCUAUAACAGAAGCAUUUGAGCAGAAAAUGGAAUCUGAAACACAUGUGACAGAUACAGAUUUUGAAGAUGAUCAACACUUUGCGAAACAGGAUUGGACACUACUAAA